AUGAUCCACGCGAUCAGGGGAGACACUCAUCUGUGGCUGCAGUUGCUUCACUCCAAGGUCGGUGUAAGAUUCUUCUUGGUGAUUAUCUACUUAUUCUUCAAAAACUCAGUGGAGCGUGUUCACGGAGCUGGUUCAAUCAAGUUAGCCAAGGGUCCGUGGUAUGAUGGCAAUCCCAAUGUCAAGGCGAAGUCCAUGGCGAGCACUCGAUCCCUGACCGAGCAUAAAGCCAGACGACGUAUUUGGGAUCCUGGAUUUGGUCCCAAGGCCCUUCAAAGCUAUGAAAGCCGAGUCAUCCAGCAUACACAACGUUUGUCACUUCAAUUGGAGCGCCGUAACGGUCAAGUCUGUAACAUGAGUGACUGGUGUGAUUUUUUUGCAUUUGACGUUAUGGGAGAUCUGGUAUUUGGACAAGAUUUCGGCAUGUUGGAGAAAGCAGAACAACAUCUGUAUAUGAAGUUCCUCCAUCAAGCACUUCGCGUUCUCAGUAUCUUUUCUCACACACCAUGGGCAAACCCGUUAUGUAAGUACAUUUUCAGGUAUGACCUUGAUCGCGCAAAAACUCAUCUCACAAUAGUACCUUUCGUGCCCGUGGAUGCAGAGACAAGGAAAGAGGGCCGCAAGUUUAUGGAGAUAUCAGCACAACAGUAUCAGAACCGAAAGGCCAGAGGAACCUCUCGAGAGGACAUCUUUUCUUAUCUGCUGGCCUCUGAUUCGAAGGGCGUAAAUCUCGACGAUGACGAACUAUCCGCCGACUCGGGAGCAUUAAUUGUUGGGGGGUCAGACACGACAGCAGUUUGCUUGACAUACCUAUUGUACUUUUUGACCAAGUAUCCCGACACACAACGACGUCUUACUGAAGAAAUCGAUCAGCUAUGGGAUGGUUCGCCAGAGAAGCUGAACGCAAAACUUUUCGCCACUGCCGAAUACAUGAACGGAGCAAUCAAUGAAUCUCUCAGACUUUAUCCGCCGGGACCAAAUGGUAUGCAGAGGACAAUUCCACGUGGUGGUCAUGUCAUCCAAGGAGAACUCGUCCCCGAGAAUACACAGGCAAGUAGCAGUAUCAUUUCCAGGCACAGAAGGCUGCGUAACUUCACUCACGCCGACAAGUUUGUGCCGGAGAGAUGGAUUGACAGCGAGCGGCCAGCCGAUUUCGUCCACGACACUAAAGGGUUUAUCCCUUUCAGUGCAGGACAAUAUGCUUGUAUUGGCAAAAAUCUGGCCUUGGCUGAAAUGCGACUUUUCCUGGCCGAGGUGCUCAAGAAGCUGAAGCUUGAGCUCGAUGACACCUUCAACGAGAAAGUGUGGGAUGCCGCAUGCCGGUCAAACUUAUCCUUGCUAAAAGGGGCCUUGCCGGUUCGCGUGUAUCGGAGGGAGAGAUAA